CUGGCAUGAUAUAUUUACUAUUACUACGAAAGAUUUUCAUUUGUCUCAAUUUAAACACAUGACUUUUCUAUCCGGUAAGCGAAGGUAACAACAUGGUAUUUCAAAAUACCGGGUUUUUACAGGUGGAUACUUUCUAUCUCUUACAGGGUACCUGUCGACCUAUAUAGCAGUGCCCAUAGUAGCCGUUGUGGAGUCUCCAUUUUCGAUGGCCUUAUGUUUUCGACCCGGAAUCCCCUUAGACUCGGAGGCUUGGCUCCGCCAAGGAGUCUCAGGAAAGAUAUCUUCAACUUAAUUCCUCAAAAUUUGGAUAAUUCAUUCUCACUUACAUGAGAUAUAGUUAAACCUGAGUUAUGUCGUUCCAGAAGACUAUGCGCCAAUUUUUGCUUCUCUUUCAAUUCACGACUGCUCUUGCUAAUAUAGUGCAGCCCCGUCUCGAGUCGCAGACAUGCGCGGUACCUAAUCCACUAUUCAUAUUUGACACUGAGAUAUGUAUAUCUUCUGAGGGUUUUCCUGCCGGGCAUGGCAGCCUGCUAGGUGAACCAUCAUCGCCACUAAAGGCCUGGAAAUCGGGCGGUCUUUGUCGCGGCGCUAGAGCUGAUAAGUUCUGCGUCUUCACUAACGAAGUGUUCAACCGGGGUGAAGGUGUCUCGGUGAUCACUACCUCAAAGAGUAUUUCAACUAUUUCAACACGGCCGGCUUUCAUCACGGAGGAGCACGCGGAAAUUGAUUCAAAAUCAAAGUUGGCCAUCCCCUACCGCGAAGUGGAAAUACCAGGUAAAGAUAUCGGACUGGUAGCAACAAGGGCGAUACGAGCAGGAGAGCUCAUAAUGGCACGAACACCCGCUAUAAUGGUAAACGAAAAAGCAAUCAAUACUCUAGGAAAGAAGGCUGUAUCAGAACUCCUUGUUCGCGCUGUUGAAAAUCUCCCUUCUCAACACAGAGAAAGUUUACUCAAGUUGUCGACGCAUAGCAGUACAAGUGACUAUGGCGAUAAACUUUAUAAAAUUCUCCAAACAAAUUCAUUCCGAACGGGUUACCACGAUGGGAUCAACCCGUUUUAUUCUCUAUUCACUGAAGUAUCGCGACUCAAUCAUGACUGUCGGCCCACGUGCGCCUACUAUUUCGAUCACAGAGAUUUUCAUCAUAAAGUAUUAGCUGUGCGAGAUGUUAUGGAGGGUGAGGAGCUCACGAUAGCCUAUUAUGACCCUCUUCAAUCGCACUCUACGAGGCAAGAGAAGUUACAAAAAGAAUGGGGUUUCCGGUGUUCAUGUCAGAGGUGCAGUGCCAAUGCGACGGCGAUAGCUGAAUCGGAUCGUAGAGUUUCUCAAAUACAUGCUCUAUGGAAAGAGUUGGAUGACCACUCGGCAUCAUCAAAAGGAUCUUCCAAAAAGGCGGAACUUUUAGUAUCGCUAUACGAACAAGAGGGGAUCUUAGGCCGGUUAAAUGAAGCCUAUUAUCGAGCGGCAAUCGAAUAUAUUGGGAUUGGUGAUGCUAAAAUGGCAAUCAAAUAUGCUGCUCUGUGCAUCGAAAAUGGCCUACUGUUUGUAGGACCCGAUCGUCCUUUUAUCAAGAACAUGCAAGAACUCAUUGCGAAUCCAACGGAGUAUCCUAAAUGGAAGUUCCGCUUGAGGGCCAAUUAAAUAAUUGCCAGUUAAAUCUCGCAGUCAUUUUUACUUCAUCAAUAUUCAACACCAGUGGAGAACGAGGCAUAAAGACCUACCUGUUAUAGAAAACUGCAUAGGAGGUAAUGAUUACCUAACAAAUAGCUCCUAUUUGAAUAAGGCGGUGGACGUGAAGUCGUCCGGUAGUAGCCGUCGGCAAUCCCGGCUAUAAGUCCUGAAAGAAAACCACCUACGCACGUGGCAAGUUGCAAUGCAUGUUGGGAUUUGGGAGGGGUUGAUGCUUUUGGGAUCCGGGGUUGUAAGGAUCUAC